AUGCACUACACAACCCUCCUCCUAAGCACUCUCCUAGUCGGCACAGCCCUCGCCCAACCCACAAAUCCUCCUGCGAAGACUCCCAAGAAGGCCCCCAAAACUCAACCAUACAACCCAUGCAAGCCCCAAGAAGUCAUCGACACCAAGUGUAUGGGUCCCAAGGAUUGUCUCUACCCGAACCCCGACAGUUGUACAACCUACAUACAGUGUGUACCGCUCGACGAAGUUGGCAAUGCGAAGCCUGUGGUUAAGCCAUGUCCAAAAGGACUGCAGUGGAACGAUAACGUUGGCAAGAAGUGGUGCGACUAUCCAAACCUGAGUACGUGUCCGGUAAAGACGCCGCAACCGAAGCCGAAGAAGGGAGGUGUCGGAGGGAAGAAGGCGUCGGUUGGACAUCCUGGCUAUUGA